CAUGGGGGGGAUCGCCGGCGUAGAGAGAGGGAGCGGUGUGGGGAUGCGUCCCGGCCGGAGGAGCAGCUUCCCUGAAAGCGGACAAGCCCCAGGCACACCAGGCGGCCAGACCUGAGGGUCGUUGGGAAGGGAUAGUGUGAGCUUGGGUUUCUGGAGGGGGCGCCCGGGCGGGGCAGGAGGCAGCUCCAGGUGUGAGGCCACUGACUGAGGAGAGAGGGGUCCCCAGGGGAAGGGAAGCGGCAGAACAGCUGCAGAAGUGCAGGGAGCGGGAAGGUACUAGGGCAGCAGCUUCCCGCCGCCACCAGCCGGGGCAGCAGCAGGAACAGCAGGGGGAGGAGCAACAGCUGCUGAAUUCGCCAACUAGAGGAGGGGGAGGCGGAGCUUGGGUCCCUGUAAGCAGCCGGAGGCGCAGUCUGGACUCUAGUUUCCCGGGAGAGGCGAGAGGUAGGAGCACGAGCCGAGCGGAGCGCAGUCCUCCGACAUCAGCUCCAGCAUCCCGCCAGGGGUUGCAGGUGUGUGGGAGGCUUGAGCUCUCCCAACAUGGCUUUCCUUGUACUCUUCUCUUUGCUGGUUCUGCAAAGUCUGGCUUUAGGGGCCACUUUCCCUGAUGAGACCAUUGCUGAGUUGUCAGUGAAUAUGUAUAACCAUCUUCGAGCCAUUGGGGAAGAUGAAAAUAUUCUUUUCUCUCCAUUGAGUGUUACCUUUGCUAUGGGAAUGAUGGAACUUGGGGCCCAAGGUUCUACCCUGAAAGAAAUCCGUCAUUCAAUGGGAUAUGACAGCCUGAAAAAUGGUAACGAAUUUUCCUUCUUGAAGGAUUUUUCUAACAUGGUAACUGCUAAAGAGAGCCAAUAUGUGAUGAAAAUUGCCAAUUCCCUCUUUGUGCAAAAUGGAUUUCAUGUCAAUGAGGAAUUUUUGCAAAUGCUGAAAAAAUACUUCAAAGCAGAAGUAAAUCAUGUGGACUUCAGUCAAAAUAUAGCUGUGGCCAACCAUAUCAAUAAGUGGGUGGAGAAUAACACAAAUAGUCUGUUGAAGGAUUUGGUAUCCCCAAGGGAUUUUGAUGCUGGCACUCAUUUGGCCCUCAUCAAUGCUAUCUAUUUCAAGGGGAACUGGAAGUCACAAUUUAGACCUGAAAAUACUAGAACCUUUUCCUUCACUAAAGAUGAUGAAAGUGAAGUCCAAAUUCCAAUGAUGUAUCAACAAGGGGAAUUCUAUUAUGGAGAAUUUAGUGAUGGCUCCAAUGAAGCUGGUGGUAUCUACCAAGUCCUAGAAAUACCCUAUGAGGGAGAGGAGAUAAGCAUGAUGCUGGCAUUGUCCAGACAGGAAGUUCCACUGGCCACUCUGGAGCCAUUGGUCAAAGCACAGCUGAUUGAAGAAUGGGCAAACUCUGUGAAGAAACAAAAAGUGGAAGUGUACCUGCCCAGGUUCACAGUGGAACAGGAAAUUGACUUAAAAGAUGUUUUGAAGGCUCUUGGAAUAACUGAAGUUUUCAUCAAGAAUGCAAAUUUGACAGCUUUGUCUGGUAGGAAAUAA